CCCGGAGCUUCCUUCUCGUUUCAAUCAAUUUAUUAAUUUGUUAAUCUAUCCAUCGAUCCAUCUCUCAUCCAACAAAUCAAUCUUUUGUGUCGACCAUACACCUAAUCCAAAGCUUCAAAUUGACAAAAGUCCUGUGCUCGCAACACAACAAAGAUACCCUUCGAAUCAAACAAUCCAACAGCCGUCACAAUGCAUCGCACAUAUUCCAUGAGACAAUCGCGGGCUCCAACUGCCUCGCAACUUCAAAACCCCCCUCCACCACCUUCGAGUACAAAAUCUGGAAAGUUCUUCGGCAGAAGCGGUCUCGGCCAUGCUAUGCGACUCAAGACACACUCUGCCCUCAACACUAGAGGACCAGAGCUUUCCAAAAAGCUUGGUCAACUCGUGAAGAUGGAGAAGAAUGUCAUGCGCAGUAUGGAACUCGUCGGAAGAGAGAGAAUGGAGGUAGCACAACAACUCUCCAUUUGGGGUGAGGCUUGCGACGAAGAUGUAUCAGAUGUUACCGACAAGCUCGGUGUAUUGCUCUACGAAAUCGGUGAACUUGAAGACCAAUAUGUUGAUCGUUAUGACCAAUAUCGUGUUACCAUCAAGAGCAUCAGAAACAUCGAAGCUUCCGUUCAACCAAGCAGAGAUCGCAAGCAAAAGAUUACUGAUCAAAUUGCUCAACUCAAAUACAAGGAGCCAGAAUCUCCAAGAAUUGUCGUUCUUGAGCAAGAAUUGGUUCGUGCUGAGGCCGAAUCUUUGGUCGCUGAAGCUCAACUUUCCAACAUUACCCGUGAGAAGCUCAAGGCUGCUUACACCUAUCAAUUUGAUGCUCUUCGUGAACAUUGCGAAAAGGUCGCUAUCAUUGCUGGUUACGGAAAGCAUCUUUUGGAACUUGUUGAUGACACCCCUGUCACACCAGGUGAGACCCGACAAGCAUAUGAUGGAUAUGAAGCUAGCAAGGCCAUCAUCCAAGAUUGUGAGGAUUCUUUAACCAACUGGGUUAACUCCAAUGCGGCCGUCUCUUCCAACCUCUCUACUCGCGCUCGUACUUUGUCUCAACGUAGACGAAACAAUAUUCAACGUAACGCUCAAGGUCAUGACCUUACAGGCCAAGAUCAACCUUUGAAUGAUAACGAGAGUGGUCUUUGGAUACCAGCCGAAGCUCACAAGGGUGGGGAUGAAUAUGAAGAUGAGGAAGAGGAAGAGGAGAUUGCUCAUUCUCAUCAAGGUAGCAUCACCAAUGGUGAACUAAGAGGUCGUCAAGAAGAGCUCGCAUAA